CACCGACGAACGGCAACUGCGACUCGGAUCUCCACUCGCUUUCUUGCUCGUCUUCCCUUGUUCUUUCUUUUUGGCUUCGUUCUUUUUUUGGGCUCUGUGUUGAACGGAGGAGGAUCUGCGCAGUACUUAUCUUUGGGUUGAAGCAGUCAGAUCUGCAUCUCCAAUCCCUGUUCCGCCAUCCUUGCUGAAUAACUCCGCGAUGGCUGCCUACGCCGCCGACGACGACGACGGGGACACUCGCCGCAUAUACCUCGUCUCCGCAGCGCUGUCGCCUGAAGAGUACCGCGUCUACCCGCGGUGGUUUGCCGAGCUUGUUCCGCAUGGCCAUCUCACGCUCACACUCGACGAUAUGCUUGUGUUUGCCGAUCGCUUCGGUGUCAGCGAGCAGGACAAGUGGAAGAUCUUUGAUGUCUUUGAAAGUCCGCUGACUACGCUCGAAAAGGGCGAGUUCUACGCUUUCGUACGGCUGAUAGGCCACGUCCUGACCGGCAAAGAACCGUCUCGUGCGCUUGCGUUCCAGCAAGGUAUGCCUCUCUUUUCCACUUUUUUGUCGUGAAUUUAUUUCUAUUGUGCUUCUGCUUCACAAUCUAUCUCGUUGAUUUAGUUCUAAUCAAUAAACUACAGCCCCGGUACCUAAACUUCUGG